GAAAAAUAUUACAAUUGACAAUGUCGGCUCGGCCUGUCCAUGGAGGCAGACCUAGAUCAGUUUUGGGCAACUGGAUAUACGAGAAGAGUUUGCGGUCACGCAAACUCUUCCAUCUCAAUGAGCACCGACCUGUGGACUCUGUGGUCCAUCUCAACGAAGACCGCAGAGAGUCCGGAUAUGAAUCUCCACCCGUUGAUUAUUCAGACCCCGAAGACAGCGAAAACUACUCACGAAAAUCCGCAAGAAAACCAAGAAAGAAGCUCCCGCUUGUGUCACCACCUCACCAACGACACGAACCUGAGAAUGCCAAGGAUUUUAACGAAGGAUACGUUACUCCUCCCAUAGAUUAUUCUGAUGGUGAGGAGGAACGUGUCUCGACGAGUAGCGCGGAUGAGAAAGUAAGGCCGCGGCCAGCCAAAGAUAAGGACAAACCAACGUUGAAACCUGCUGCCAACACUGAGACCGCGGCACAAACUCGAGCUGCUCAAUGGAAGACUUCGAACAAAUCGGACGCUAAGCAAGCCAGUGCAUUAAAAUUUACCAAAGAAGAAAGGAAAUUGGAUAGAAAUCAUAGAACUGAGUCGAACUCUAAGGAAUUAAAGCCUCUCAAAUUUGAGAAAAAGAAAUUUAGGGAGGAAGGUUCAAUGAUGAUCAAAUGGUUAGCUAAGGACCCGAAAGUUGAACGAGAAGCCUUGGAUCAACCUGAGUUAUUCCGCGAUACGAAUGACCAAACAAAAUUUGUGAGAGAGAUCGUCGAAGACUCGAAAGUAAAUGAAGUUUUAGCUGCAACGCAGAAGGUAGUGCAAGAGUCAUGUGGAGAACCUGAGUCUUGGGGAAAUGAGUUUACGAAGACGGCAACUCCUGCCAAGAAGCCGUCGCGUGUCCGCUUCUGUGAUAUGAAGCCUGAACUCCACAGUCUAAGUGAAGAUUCCGACGUAAUUGAUGAAAUAUACGAGCUGGAAAUAAAACACAAUUCACAAAUUGACCAAGAAGCGACGCAUGAUAGAAAAGAAAAUAAUUUUAAUCUGCAUUUAGUGAAGUCAAUCGACGCUACCGAUGUCAUGGCUGAUGAUGACCCAGAGAACAUCACGCCUGUGGACUAUGAGUCAUUACCACAGCUCUUCACGGGCCUUGCUAAGACUCGUCAAAGUCAAGUCUUUACCAGCCUUCAAGACCUGCAUGAAGGCGGCGACAAGCCCAAAGACUUGCCGGAGUCGCUUAGUUCCAGCAGCCACGAUCUGUCGUCCUGGAUCGCAGCUUCUGUCGAAAAAGCGAACGCCUACAAAAAGAAACUUAAGAAGAAAAAUCUCCCCGAUAUUUUCAACCAAGUUUCCAGGUGCAGCAUGGACGACGGAGGCAGUAGCCUGAGCAGCGCCUCGUACGGCUCGUGCAGCAGCUCAGGCACGGAGGAGGUCGUGCUCAGGAUACACGUGCCCGAGCUCAGCAUAGAGCGCUGCCUUACCUUCCACGCCAACGACCUCGUCUGGACUGUCAAGCAGGCCGCUCUUACCAGCCUGCCUAAGGAGCUGCGCGAGAGUUUCAACUACGGGCUCUUCUGCCCUCCGCAAAACGGACGCGCCGGCAAGUUCUUGGACGAAGAGCGGCCGCUGUCUGACUACCCGCAGUGUACCCCUCUGGGGUACUUGGAGCUGAAGUACAAGCGGCGCGUCUACAAGAUGUUGAAGCUGGAAGAAAAAACUCUACGGGCGCUGCACUCCCGCGCUAACUUGCGGCGCUUCCUGGAGGCUGUGAAGGAAGGCAACGUGGAGAAGGUGGCCAAGAUGUGCAGCAAGGGCUUGGACCCUAACUUCCAUGACCCGGAAACUGGGGACACGCCCCUGACGGUGGCGGCGCGCGGUCACCUGAAGGUGCGCAAAGGUUGCGCCGCCAUGUUGGUGGCACUCGUCAACGGCGGCGCCCUGCUGGACUACCGCACGAGGGAGGGGCUUACGGCCAUGCACCGCGCCGUGCAGGCCGACAACCUGCAGGCUGUGCGCACGCUCCUGGACCUGGGUGCCUCUCCGAACUACAGAGACCAUCGUGGCCUCACGCCGCUGUACUACUGCGUCACCUACGCCAAGGACCCGCUGGUGUGUGAGGCUCUACUGCACGACUACGCAGUUAUUGGCGUAGCAGACCACCAGGGCUGGCAAGAGACGCAUCAGGCAUGUCGCAACAAGCUGGUGCAACACCUGGAACACCUUCUGUUCUACGGUGCAGACCUAAACAGCCGCAACGCGUCAGGCAACACGCCCCUGCACGUCUGUGCUGUCAACAACCUCGAGGACUGCGCCCGAGUCCUGCUCUUCAGAGGCUGCGAUAAGAACGCGCUUAACUUCGCUAAUCAGAACCCAUACCAAGUGGCAGUCAUAUCUGGCAACCUAGAACUUGCUGACAUCAUAAACAAACAUCAGCCGGAGGAUGUAGUGCCCUUCAAGAGUCCCCCUCGCUACAACCCCCGGCGGCGGGUGUCGGGGGCGCCGCUCCUCAGGGCCACCAGCGACCCCAGACUUGAGAACCCCGGGGUCCUGAAGCCCCCCAGCCCCGCACCCUCGUCCAGGUCGAUACCGCCAUUCAGUUCAGCGUCGUCGCUGAGCGAGGCGAGCACCGGCAGCGGCUCAACGUCUGCCAGCAACAACAGCAGCAACCCCGACCCCGACCCUCACCGUACGUCUGCUGACCCUGACCCUCACCGUACAUCUGCAGACCCCGACCCUCACCGUACGUCUGCAGACCCCGACCCUCACCAUACAUCUGCUAGCAGCAAUGCAGACCCCGACCCUCACCUGACGAGAGAUGGCGGCCAGUCUGGAGGCGGUGUGACGGUAGAGGCGCUGAGCGACACAAGUAGCGGCGUCUGCUGCAGCUACCAGAGCAGUGCUGGUGACCAACCAGCCGUCAGACAGCAGCCUUCACACUACCAGGCAUCCCACUACCAGACCUCACACUACCAGGCCUCGCACUACCAGGCCUCACACUACCAGGCCUCGCACUACCAGCCCUCGCACUACCAGCCCUCGAGUGAGCACGUCCACGAAGAGGACGAAGAGGCCACAAGUGAGGGUAGCGGCAGUGAGGGUAGCGGCAGCAGUGAAGGUAGCGCCAUGACGUACGAUGUGGGCGCCCUCGUGGUGUGUGUACGACAACACGCCGAGCCCAACCAGCUUGUGCUCAACCUCGGCGACAUAGUGCAAGUGACGGGCAGCACAGACGAGGGUCUGCUGGAGGGCACGACGCGAGGGCAGACCGGCACCUUCCCGCCGGCCUGCGUACAGCCCGCGCGGACCCGCGGCCUGGCCCCCCGCACACAGGGCCAUGGCCGCCACGGUCCAGAGAUGGGGCCCACACCAGCCAGGGGCCCGCAACCCGUGGGGCCCGCACCAUCUAGUGCCCUGCAACCCGUGGGGCCUGCCCCUUCCAGUGCCCCGCAACCCGUGGGGCCAACUUCUUCCAGUGGCAUGCACUACGGCACGACACCGCGCACGAAAAAACCUCAGAUGCCCCUGGGGCGCACGGUUGUCCUGCACCGCGGUAAGAAAGGCUUUGGUUUUGUUCUGCGCGGGGCGAAGGCGACGUCUCCCCUCAUGGACCGCCUGGCAGACAAGGGGGCGGUCGCCCUGCAGUACCUCGAUGACGUCGACCCCGGCGGCGUUGCAGAUCUUGCCGGCUUGCGACGCGGGGAUUACUUGCUCAAGAUCAACGGAGAGGACGUGUCUGGGGCGUCCCACGAGCACGUCGUGUCCCUCAUCCGCCGCAGCGCAGACCUCGUCGAGAUGACGGUGGUGACGCCGGGGCUGCAGACCCUCGUGCAGCCUACAUCCUUCAGCCCUCAGACCCCUUAUCUGAGUGCUGCAGCUCGAGGGUCCCAGACCCUGCCACGCAAACUUAACUUUUCUCGGUCGCUGUCGCACAGCAACGCUCCCCCAGCGCCCCCGCCCCGGGACCCGAGCACAAGUCUGAGCGUGGGACGCGCGCGGGCCCGCAGUGUUGUGGGCAGCCUGCAGCAGCACAGUGCUGAUGGCUCGGAGAACCUCUCCUCUUGCUCGCCCUCAUACGCGCCCAAGCUUGCCUCCAUCAAAGCUCGUCCUUCCUCUGCACUUCGCAUGACCGCCUCGCAAGUCGAGGAGUUCAUUUCUGCUCAGAAAUUCGUUGGUUCGCUUCCCCCGUCCCCUAGCAACUCCGCAUCCGAUACGCGGUCUCCUCGGGUCUAUGCCAGCGUCGCUGAAAUGAAGAAAGCUAAGGCACUUCGUUCUCGACCACCCGCCGACUCGCGGCUCCACAAGGCGUUUCACUCGACGCCAGACCUCACACCAGAGACCAACCGUUCCUCCACAGCCUCAGACGACCCGUCCACAGACCUCAGCCUCCAGUCUCUCCCUGGACACAACUUGACUCUCCUACAUUCACGUCGUUCUAUGGUAGAACCUCAGGCGGCGGUAUAUUCCGCCUCUAGUCAGGCAUCUUAUUUGAGACACACACCUCUAUACGAUGGCGCAAUGCAUGGCAGUUUAGAUCACAGGCGACUCAAGAGAUCGCAGUCUGCUAUUAAUCCUUGUCAACUUCUGCGAGAUGACGGAACAAUUUCCCCCGUUUCCGGGGCUGGACAAGUUGUAAAGGUAGACAUAAGCCGUUCAAGCAGCGAAUAUGCAAGCGUAGCUCAAAGUGUAAACAAGCCUGCAGAUUUAGAAUCGUGUCCCACUUCUCCGGGAAUCAUGUCUAGCUUUAGACCCUCAGAUUCAGCCAAACUCUAUGCAUCUCCUGAAGAAAUUAAAAGCGUAGGAUAUCGUAACCCACAAAUGCUUGCUCAACUCAACCGGGUAAAGAACAAUAACUACGCUACGUCCGCCAGAUCUCAGAGUCUACCUCCCACUACCAGCAGACCGCCCUUGUCGCGGGUACCGUCUCAUCCUUACGCUGAUCCCAUUGAUACCAAUUCAUCGUUGCCCAGCAGUAGCAGCCCAAUUGAUGGCGACGACUUGCCACUUCCACCGCCGCCGCCGGAGGAAGAGCUCAUUACUUACGCUCUGCCACUGAGUAACCGAGCUGUAAAUGUGUCAAAAGUUAUGACCACUUCGUGUAUAGUCGAUAAAUCUGAUCAUUUAGACAAUAUUAACAAGCAGAUGAGCGCUUCCUUCUCUGGAACUAGUUCAUACGAACAUUUUACGAGCAAUGAUGUGGAAAGCUCUGAAGAAGAAAGUACUCAUAACUCUCAAUGUGACGAUGAGCAGAAUCCACGAACAUUGAAGCGCAAGAAACACUCGGUAGCGUUUGCUCCGAGUUCCGUCAAGUCAACGGACAAUAACCAACCUAAAGAAUCCUCUCACUAUGCUGCCCCCGUACAUGCCAGCCCAAACUCUAAAGCAGUUGUACUUCCGUCAAAAACAAUUCCAGUGUCGCAGGCUGAAAAUUUCAGCGAUCUAAUUGCCAAGAAAGCCGAAGAAAGAAGGGCGAGGCUAGAAAACAGCGGAAAUUCGACUCCCUGUUCCACAAACUCCAGCCCCAAGAGAAAUAGUUCUCAAGUCAAAGCAAAUUUGGGACUUUCAGACGCUAUUUUAGAAUCUGCUCUUUUCAACAAACAGAAAGUUUCGAAUGGCGGUAACACAGGCGAUGCGCUUGACAACGCAGGUUCCAUCACUAAUAUUCUUCAAAAAAUGAGAAAUUCCAUGUCUUGCCCCAGCGAAUUCCCAUUGCAAAAAGAAGACAAUUCCUCCAGUGAUCUCAGUUCAGACCAAGAAAUUCAACCAGGUGAAUCAUUUGUAACUGUUAUAAAUACGGAAUCGAGUGCAAUCUCUGAAGCAAAGCAAAAUGUGGCCGUGUUCAAGACUAACUCGAUUGAAGAUUAUUCCGUGUCAUCUGAAAGCUCUGAAGACGCCAGUGACAGAACAUGUAUUUUGACGAACGAUAGAACUGAAGCAGGGCAGGUGACAGAGAGUGCACUUAUUCCGCCAAAUAAAAAACUAGGCACACGAUCUAAAAAUAUCACACCAGUUUCAAAACUUCCUGUUCCUCUUGCAACCCAAUCGCCUCCAGUGACAGCUCAAAAGAACUGCACACCUAUGGCGAUCACUAGCGACCUUCUCAGUUCAAAUUACCGUUCGUCUAAUCAACUUCCUGCUUCUCAUCCUCUAUCAACGUCCCAGCCGCUCCCCGGACAUCUUCAGGGAGCUGUUCAUCCUUCCAACACACACGUUGGACAAGCUAAGUUUUCCACUCUACAGCGACCUCAAUCAAAUUCAAAGAGGUUCACUAAAGCCAACAGUGAUCAACCAUCUAGUCAACAUUCUUCAGGUGAUGGUAUUUUAAUUCGCACUCGAUCGAUUAAUAGAGAUGACCUGAAUCUCAAUUCAGGAACGGUAACUCUAGAUCGGCAUUCGUAUCAAGGCAGUCGAGGUAACAACACUUCCGGCAAAACUGAAUACGAACGAAGCAUUGAUGAGAGUCUGCAGCUCAUUAGGAUGCAUAUGAAUUCACUGAAUGAAGUAAAUUCGUUGGCAGGAAUCAAAGCUUCGCAUCCUUUAAAUGAGAAUCUGAGAGAGACCAAAUCGCUCUCGCCAAACGCAAACAAAAAUGGAGCAGAUGCAGAGGAAGUGCUUGCGCCUCCACCUCAAUUCUCGGACACUUCAGGAUUUCGUAGCAACGAGGCUACCGCUAGCAAAAGCAAAGCAUCAAUGUUCAAAGAAGCUGAGGAAGGCAGCGAGAUGCCAAUACAUGUGUAUAAGCGAAGCAAUAGAAGAGUAGAAGAAGAAUUUGCGGCGAGAUCCGAUGACGACCGCACUUUUAGGUAUAAGACUCUCGAUGAGUGGAACACAAAAGACACCACUGAUUGGCUCGAGUCUUUAUUCAUGCCAGAAUAUAAGGACUCGUUCGAAACCAAGCAGAUAGAUGGUACAAAACUGUUGAAAAUAAACAAUGAAUCUCUUAUCAACCUUGGAGUGCGCCGCGUUGGACACCGGGUAAACAUGGAGAAAUCUUUGAAGCGUUAUAGGCCUGUUGAAAGAAUCGAUCUAUAAUUUCCGGACUCCCAGUCGAUCUACCUCAAAGAGAAAAUAAUAGGUAGGAACUUUGCGAAAAGGGAAAUGGUGUUGAAAUAUAGUACGACUUUUCUCUCCAUUGCUGUGUUUGCGUGGCAUUCGACUGCUUAUGUAGGAAGUAGUCGAAUAGGCGUGAACGUCUUUGUGAGUGAAGUACUAGUGUUUGGAUCCUUAUUCAUACAUUCAGUGAAGAAAAACACUCCACGAAAGAAACUACCUUAAACUUCUCGUCCUUGUACAUAUACGGUAGGUGAGGCGUUGUAAAGUGCUGUAUCUAUACUGCUUUCUUAUUAGACAUUUGAGUUAAAUGUGUUUAUUUAAGAUAUUCAGUAUUUGAAUUUUGUGUGUUUAAUAAUUUUUUUUUAUUUUGUGAAGUUUUUGACGAGAUAUGCCAUUAGUUAUCAAGACGCAGCUCUUGGUUUCGAGUGGAGCUUUGUUAUGUCCAUCUGAAGUGAAAUGCCUUUUCUUCUAUAAUUAAUCGCAUUCAAUGAUGAAUCACGAACUACAGAUUGACAACUAUCAGCCUACUAGUGUUUUAUUUGACUAUAUAGGUAGGCGCUUUGAAAGUCGAGAACGAACUACUAAUAAUAUGAGGAAAGGAAAAUACUUACUUCUGCCUAGGAUUAUAAUUUUCAGUGUUUUGGGUCUCGUUUGGCUACAUAUUAUUAGUAGGUAUUCGUGGCCGGGUUCACUUGUUGGCUUCUGUGCAAUAAUUGUUUGAAAAUGUUAUAUGGUUGUCCCCACCUAUUGAUGUUUGUGCUCCGUCUUCUUCCAUACUCUCUCACAACCGAAAUUUGCUAUUUAAAAUUGGUUUACUUAGCUUCUGAAAUCCAACAGAAUUGUUUUCCUUUUGAUUGCUUAUAAUUCAUCGAAAACAUUUGGCUUGGCCCGCUGUUUGUUUUGUCCCUGGCCUCACUUGCAGCGGCAAUUAGUGAAGAAAUAAAACAUCGUAUGAACGUAAAUAAAACAUCGUGUGAACGUUGUAACUCCCGGAAAUCCCACUUCUAUGUCGUCCAGCCUCAUUUAAUGUAGUUGUCAACCUCGGUUAUUAUAACACCUUAAACCCUUCUGAACUUGUGUCCUGGAAUCUUUGGCUACGGCUGCUAGAUCUAUUAUUUGUUUGUGCAGUUCAUCUAGAUGGUUCUUGUGGUAUACAUUUGCUGCUCAAUUAAAGUGUAAAGUUUAGAAUUGACAACGACCGAACGUCCACGCUAGUCCCAUACAAAUCGCGCCUGUUCCCUAAACGUCCUAAGCGAUGUCGACCUAUCGAGUGUCCAUCAUCUGCCAUUAAUUAAAGAUUGAUUUCUAAUUUUUUGAUUCAGUUGCAUAGCCAUGUUUAAGAUAAUAAUAUUGAUAGACUUACUCCAAAAAUCCGACCGAAAGUGCGAUAAAUAAAUGAUUCAGAGUAUGCAAUGUUACCAAUAUUCGAAGUAUGAUUUAUUCAGAUCCUAUUGAUUAUUCUUUAGCAAUAAGUGCGUUAAGAGUUCGGUUCAAUCAUUCCACAUGUCUUAAUGCUGUUAUUUAACUGGUGAAUUUGAUAAACUUGCGAAGAGUUUCAUCUUUGUCACCAUUAUCAUAAUAUUGAAUUUUUAGACUAAUAUUCAACAAUUUGUUUGAAUUCUGUUGAGCUUGAAGAUUUCAUAAGUUUUUUUGCAGGAUAUAAAAACUUGCCACUGCCUUGUUAUGUCAUAGAAGUGUUCACACAUUCGUUUCUACAGCUCUAAUAAGGACGGUUUUGAACUUCCUUCAGAGCUGAAGCUAGAUGGCGCUGCAAAAAUUACGGCAUUAGAAUUAAAUGUAUUCAGGACAUUAACAGUUUCUACACAUGAUCAAAAUCGCCAGAAUCAUGUCAUAUAGAAUUAAAUAAUUUAUCCUUUUCAGUUGCAGAUAAUAGUGUUCGUUUCUAAAUCGGGAAGUCGUCCCCUGCAAAUAUCGAAUCAAAAGUUUCUUUGUAAACAUGGUUGUGGGUAAAGUAAACAUUUGUUUUGUCGUAGUGGGGCGAAAUAAAUGUUGUAUUUGUUGAAAUUCUUUCGAGACAAAAAUCGAUUGGCUAUUAUUAAGAAAAAAAUGCGGGCUCCUAUGAUAUGAGGGUGCAGUCAUAGUAAAUUAUUAUUUAGCCUGCAUCACAUUAAGGAGGUUUUUCAGGAUUAGCGUUGAGCUGGAAUUAGAGACCAAAAGCUUCGUCUCUGGCCAGCACCUUUAAACUUUUGUACAAUCUAGUCUUUCCCCUGUAAACCUACAAUAAUAAAUGAUUUCAAAAUAUAUUCUUCUAUUAUUCAA